AUGAGCAUCGACGCCGUCACCGCCAAGGUCAGCGAACUCUCUGUCCGUGCAGAACUCUACCCUUCGGUCGAGCCCUACUCGACGGGCUUCCUCAAGGUCUCGAGCCUUCACACCCUGUACUAUGAAGAAUCCGGCAACCCUGCGGGCAAGCCAGUCGUCUAUCUCCACGGCGGCCCUGGUGGCGGCACUUCGCCCAACGAUCGACGCUACUUUGAUCCUCAGGCCUAUCGAAUCAUUGUCUUUGACCAGCGCGGUGCGGGCAAAUCCACUCCGAGCGCCUGUCUGGAAGAUAACACCACCUGGCAUCUCGUCGAGGACAUCGAGACGCUGAGAAAGCACCUCAAUGUCGACAAAUGGGUUGUCUUUGGCGGCUCCUGGGGAUCCACCCUUGCUCUGUCGUAUGCCCAGACCCAUCCCGAACGAGUCAAGGCCCUCAUUCUUCGCGGCAUCUUUACCUUGCGCAAGAGUGAACUCGACUGGUUCUACCAAGAAGGCGCGAGCAAUAUCUUCCCUGAUGUCUGGGACUCCUACCUCGAGGUCAUCCCCGAAGCUGAGCGUGGUGAUCUUAUGGCCGCUUACUACAAGCGUUUGACCGGCGACAAUGAGGAAGAGAAGCUGCGCUGCGCCAAAGCUUGGAGCAAGUGGGAAUGCUCCACCUCCAAGCUGAUUGUUGAUCCCGCCAUGGUUGCCAAGGCCGAGGCCGACAAAUGGGCCGUGGCUUUUGCUCGCAUCGAGUGCCACUUCUUUGUCAAUAAGGGUUGGUUCCGAUCCGACGGACAACUGAUUGAAGACGUGCACAAGAUCAAGCACAUUCCAUGCAUUAUUGUCCAGGGCCGCUACGACGUCGUCUGUCCCGCCCGCAGCGCCUGGGAUCUGCACAAAAACUGGCCCCAGUCCGAGUUGCACAUUAUUCCCGAUGCCGGCCACUCCGCCACCGAGAAGAGCAUCACUGCCAAGCUCGUCGAGGCGGCCGAGCAAUUCAAGACCCUCUAA